AUGGCACCAGAGAAGACCAAAUACGUUGACCGACCAGUUCCAACCAUCUCUUUGGCCAACUUCUCCGAGCGCGUCGACGAAAUCACUGCGCAACUAGUCGCCGCCGCCGAGAAUGAUGGCUUCUUCUGCGUCGUGGACCACGGCAUCUCUCCACAAGAAGUCGAGCAGAUGUUCGCCCAAUCUGCCCGUUUCUUCUCACUGCCGGACGAAGUGAAGGCGAAAGCCCUAUUCUCAUCCGCCCACAAUGCCGGAUGGGAAAAGAACUCCCAAGUUCGGCCAUCGACCGGUGCGGCGGACAAGAAAGAAUCGUAUCAAAUGCAAUUCGGCCAGAACAUGGAAGGAAAAUGGCUAGAUGAGGCCGAGAUUCCGGGCUUCAAGGAAGCCAGUCUAAAGUUCAUGUGGCAUGUCCAAGAUGUCUCGGAGAAGCUUAUGCUCUGUUUCGCCCGCGGCCUGGGCUUUCCCGACGACUAUUUCAUCAAAGCUCACGACGUGAAGAGGCCCGAAAGCCAGACCGUGGCGCGGCUGCUCCAUUAUUUCGAAGCCCCCAGGAAUGCCAACGGUGAGGUCUGGCAUCGCGCGGGCGCACACGCCGACUGGGAUCUCUUGACGCUGUUGUUCCAGAAAGCAGGACAGUCUGGUCUCGAGAUCUGUCCAGGCCGCGAAGCCUCGACAUCCUUCGGCCACGGCGACACUUGGACCAAAAUCGACCCCGACCCAGCGAGCAACGCCAUUAUCUGCAACAUCGGCGACCUGCUGAUGUCGUGGUCUGACGACCGCUUCAAGUCGACGUUCCACCGCGUCAAGGCCCCGAGCGAACCAGACGACUACUACGGCGAACGAUACAGCAUUGCCUUCUUCAACCAGCCGUGCCGGGAUACAUUGAUCCAGGGACCGCUCAAGAAAUACCCCCUCAUCACCGGCGAGGAGUUUACUCGCAAUGCCAUGAUGCGGAACUUCAAGGCUCUUGAGGCCAAGCGGCUCGCUGAGCAGGAGAAACAGAGUAGGGCGGAGAUGAAUGUGACUAGUAUGCAAGAGGGCAAAACGGUGGCCGAGGUGGGCGCUUAG